AUGGCAUCUUUCAACAAAUUUAAAAACGUGCUAAUGCUGGCAUUUGACUGGAUCCUGUAUGGUGCUGGUGUUGCAGGUCACUGCCAAGUCACUGUGGCCCAGCCCAGGUUUCAGCAGGCUGACUCCUACAUGAACGUGUCCCUACCCUGCUCCUUCUCUGCCUCUGGGUGCUCCUCACCCCAACCUGAAGUUCUGUGGUUUCGCUUUUUAACUAACACACAUCAGGGUUUGUGUACUCCUGGCUGCACAGAUCAUCAGAAGUAUAAAGUACAUUCAGCAGGAAACAACAUCUUACUUCAGAUAAAAGAUCUGACUGAAGAUGACAGCGCUGUUUAUAUCUGUGGAAUAGCAUUUUCAGACUCGUCACCCCUUUCUAAACAAACAGGAGAUGGAACAGUACUAACAGUAACAGGAUCAGGAAAGCAGCCCAGCCAUGGAAAACUCAUCUCCAUGAUCAUUGCUUCAACCUUACUGUUCCUGUACAGCUCUGCUGUGCUCAUUUCCUUUGUGGUCUACAAGUUAAAACCAAAGCUGCAAAAGAAAAGUGGCAAAGACCAAACAACAGAGAACUGUAAAAUAAAUAGUGGCCGAAAAAUUUUUCAAGCAAUUGCUCAAGAGCUUCAAAAGCAGAGAUAUGCUCAACACCAACAACAGCCUGAGGAUUUGGAAGAUGACACUGUUUAUCAGAACAGAUGAGCACGUGCAGCACUUGAGAUUUGUUCAACAGUUCUCCUGCAUGCAAAGGAGCAGGUGAGGAAGUUUAAGCUUCUUCACAGACUUCUCUGCUUUAAAGGAAGAGGAGAAAACCUUGCAGGGCAGUGUUCUUCAGGAGUAUUUUCUAAACAGAUCACCAGAACCAAGUGCAUUAUACCUUACAUCUGUGUUACAUAUUCCAUUUUUCAU